UAUUAUUGUUAUUGACGAAAUCUUUCACAUACCAUAGUCUGUGUCGUCACUGAAGUCAUCGUGCGUUUGUCGUAUAUUAUUGUUGUAUCGGUCGUGUGCACAGGGCGGGCAGACUCCACGGGUGUCUCGCUCAUCCAGAUUAAAGAAAAUGGACAAAAACGCACCAAAAAUUGCCAUCCUCGGCGCUGGAGUUGUCGGUUUGACCGUUUCCAAAAUAUUACAAGAUGAUCUUAGAAAUGCCGAUAUUACAAUUAUUUCGGACGAAUUUCGAGAGAAGACAGUCAGUGACAUUGCUGCAGGGAUCUUCCGACCAGGCCUUAGCUUUCGGGGCCCCACGCAAGAGAUCACGAAACGUUGGAUCGAUAAGUCUUGGUACUUCUGGCAGGACAUACUCAAAACACGGGAGGCUGAAGAAGCUGGUGUAAUAUCCGUGGGUAGCUAUAUAUUCUCCAAAGAAAACUAUCACGUUACAAGAAAUAGAUUGAUUGAGGACAUAGUUCCAAUUUACCGGGCAGUCGAUAAGGACGAGCUGAAGAUCGUAAGCGAAGGAUGGAGGUAUGGAUCCUAUUUCACAACUGUUAAAACUGGUUGCGAUCGCUACUUACCUUGGAUCCAGAAAUCAUUUGAGGCUAAAGGCGGUAAAAUCAUUACAAGGAAGGUAGAAAGCUUUUCAUCACUACCUAAGUAUGAUUUAGUAUUCAAUUGCACGGGAAUGGGAGCGAAAUAUUUAUGCAAUGAUUACGAUUUAGUUCCAAUUCGUGGGCAAGUCUUUAAGGUAAAAGCUCCAUGGUUGAAGACCGCUUUUUACGGCGAUUACGAUGCGUAUAUAAUUCCAGGACAGGAUGGUAUAGCAACCCUUGGAGGUGUGAGACAAUAUGAUAGCUAUAACACCCAAGUUUGUAAGCAUGAUGCUGCAGCUAUAAUGGAGAGAUGUGUUGAUUUAUUGCCAGUGUUAAAGGAUGUGGAGAUUGUAGGGCAAAGGGUGGGAUUGAGGCCUCAUAGAGUACCUGUGAGGGUGGAAUCAGAGAUGGUUAAUAGAUUGAAAGUAGUUCACUGCUAUGGUCAUGGGGGCUAUGGCGUUAUGUGCGCUCCGGGUACUGCAAUGGACGCCGUAGCUAUUGGGUUAGAUCAAUUGAGAUCUAGUGUCAGAUGUAAAAUUUAAUUUUUGAAAUACCAUAUUAAAUAAAUAUAAUGUAAUAUUUCAUUUAUAUAGUUUUAACAAUAAGUUUUAUAAGUUUAAUUAUAUUGAUUAAUAAAUAUGCAUUUAAAUUGCAA